AUAAAGCAUUGCUGCCUUGGAAAUUUAUUCACGCUUACUUGAAAGUAAAAAUGAUCAGAUUCGGACCACACUAACUACUCUGGCCAUGAGACAGAAGCCUCUCGUCUCGUGGGGAAGCCCCUUCUUCUUUACCCCGCUCUUCCCAGGAGGCGGUGAAACUGAAAGCCGCGGCGAGCAAGAGCGAGAGGGGGCGGCUGGGUGAUAGAAAGGCCUUCCCUCGCUUGCUUUCGUCUGUACUGCUCUGAGCAAAAAUAAAAAGGGGGGGGAGCGCGGUUGCAAGUUGCAACCUUGUCGGUGUGCCGGUGGAACAAAGCGGAGACGCGAGCCCAGCAACUUUUGCCAUCUGCCCCGGCAAAUCAGAGGAAGAGGCAACGGGACGGAAAAGAAAGCUGCACAUGAGUAAAGCUAACGGCUCUAUUUGGUGCACGCUUACCUGGGAGUAAGUCCCACUGAACUCAGUGGCUCUUACUUCUGAGUAAACAUGCUGGGGGCCACGGGGGGCCGGCCAAGCGCUCGCGCUCUGCUUCUCCACGCAUACGGAGAACCACAGAGAAGGGGGGGUGGAGGAGCCCAGAACAAGACUUGCCGGGCAUCCGCACCCCGCGCUCCUCUUACCCGUUGGGCGUGACAGCAAUAGAGACAGUGUCGGGACGCGCGCACCCCACGCACCAUUUGCUCCCUGAGCUUUAUCAAGAAAAGCCCCUCAUGGAGCCCCAAAAUCUACUCCAGAUGGUUGGGGGAUCCUGCAGCAUUAGGGGGAGAAAAGGCAAGUUCUAUACCUAUGGCCUCUGAAGACGUUGCAGGCAACAUACGAAAUUUCUACAUUCGGCAGAAUUCUACCAAUGCAGUUUCUCUAGACUUUGAGCCUGAUGCUGACUAUCAGUUUGUGGAAAUCUUAGAAGACCGAUACAGAUGUGCCUAUUGCCAUCUAGUCCUUCACAAUCCUUAUCAGACAGGAUGCGGACACAGAUUUUGUCAGCGUUGCAUAGUGUCUCUGAGAGAACGGAAUUCAGUGCCCACCUGUCCUGUGGACAAAGAAAUAAUAAAACUAUCCGAGGUUUUCAAAGACAAUUGCUGUAAAAGGGAAGUUCUCAAUUUGCAAGUGUUCUGCAGAAAUUCACCAGCCUGUAAAGCAAAAACAUCUCUGGGACGAUAUCAGAUGCCUAUUGCGUUGCCCAGUGAUUGUGCCCCCCAUCUCACAGUACCAAAAAGCAGGAAACCUGAGAAGGAUCACCUACAACAGUGUUUGUUUGAAAGUGUGCAGUGCACUAAUGAAGGGUGUUGUGAAAAAAUUCUUCAGAGGAAUUUGCAAGAACACCUACGUUUGCAGUGUAACUAUCGAAAGGAACUGUGCCAGUACUGUAAUCAGCUUGUGACUUUAAUUAAUUUAAAGAUUCACGAGAGAACAGAUUGUCCUGAUUAUCCCUUGAUUUGUCCCCAUGGCUGCCUGCAGAUAAUUCUGACAAAAGAGGUAGAAGAGCAUGUCUCAGUAUGUCCGGAGGUGGAAAUUGAUUGUCCAUAUAAACAAUAUGGCUGUUCUGCAAAGAUUAAAAGAGGAAAACUUUCAGAACAUGUAAAUGUCUACCUGGGAGAACAUAUGCUACAGAUCUUAGACAAGAACUCACAGCUGGAAGAUCAGAUCUCCGACCUUUAUAAAAAUCUAGAACAUAAAGAGAGAAAAAUACAGCAGCUAGCAGACAAAAUUAAAAAGUGUGAGAGAGAAUUUGGACAGUUUAUACAGCUGUAUGGUAAAAAUAGCAACUUGCUGGCAAGCACUCAGACUCUGGCAAUUCACAUGGAUAAAUCUGCCUGCCUGGAAACACAAGUGAGACAGCUGUUACAAAUGGCAAAUCAGCAGCAGGGUAAAUUCAGCCUGAGACCACUACUGGAGACCAUUUAUAAUAUAAAGCAAAAAGUUGCUUUCCUGGAGUCAUAUAAUCAGCGUUUAGCUGUUAUGGAAGACUUGUCCAACCAACACGAUGCCCACCUCAGUGUCCACAGGGCACAACUUAACAAAAACGAAGAACGGUUUAAACUUCUGGAAGGGACAAGUUACAAUGGGAAACUUAUCUGGAAAAUUGUGGACUACAAGAUGAAGAAAAAAGAGGCUAUGGAAGGCCAAUGUCUCUCCAUAUUCAGCCAGCCAUUUUACACCAGCCGCUGUGGGUACAGGUUAUCUGCCAGAGCAUAUCUGAAUGGGGAUGGUUCAGGAAAGGGAACCCAUGUUUCCUUAUAUUUUGUAGUGAUGAGAGGGGAGUUUGAUUCAUUGUUACCAUGGCCUUUCAAGCAAAAGGUUACUCUUAUGCUUCUGGACCAAAGUGGGAAGAAAAAUCACAUAACUGAAAACUUUAAGGCUGACCCUAAUAGCAGCAGCUUCAAAAGGCCAGAAGGAGAGUUGAAUGUUGCCUCUGGGUGUCCUCGGUUUGUUGCACAUACUGUGCUGGAAAAUGCAAAGAGUACCUACAUCAGAGAUGAUACAUUCUUCGUGAAAGUAGUAGUGGAUUUAACUGACCUUGAAGAAUUAUGAGAGAACCUGGAAGAGACCUGUUAAAGGCAAUGGGUUGGUGAUUUAUCUCAAUUUUCUUCAGACAACAAAAGCUGCUAUUCAGUCUACUAACCUACUUUUAUAAAUGUUUUGACUACUUUUUUGUUACUUUUUCAAUUUGCAUUAAGAAAACUGGUUACGGCUGCAAUCCAGUAUACACUUAACCUGGGAGUAAGUCCCAUUGAACCCAAUAUCUACUUCUGAGUAGACAUGUAUUAGAUUGCAAUCUAAGUCUCUAAUGAGAUUAAUUUUAAGCAUAUAGCAGACCUUGGUAUUUUGAGAAUGUUUCUAAUGUUUGAAAUGUUAUUAACUUGGUCACUAUCUCAGGAACCACACUAUCAGGCGAUAAUAAAGCAUAAAAUUGUAGAAUACAAAUGCAGGUCCAUCAGUUCCAUUCACUUUAUCAUAAGCAUUGCUAAAGGUGCUAUUCACUAGGAACAUUUUGUACAUUUCACAAGGUUCAUGAAAAAUGAAAUAAUUCUAAUAUUAAUUUGAGUAAUUGUCACAAUCCAACUUACUUCCCAUGCACCAGACUGACAGACUGGUCCUAUAUAUUUUUAAUUCAGUAGGAUUUGCUCUCAAAGUGUACAUAGGAUUAACCUGAGAGCAAGUUUUUUAAAAAUGCUACUUGUGAAUGUGAACAUAUGGCAGAGUAGGCCCUAUUUAAUAAAACACAUAAUCUUUGCAUCUUUUGAAAGCAAAGGUACAAGCGGGGAAAUCGCUAGAUUGUGAUUCUAAAGUACUUGUUAGUUGAAAGUUUUGCAGUUAGCAGCCUUUUGGCACUCUAUACCGUGUUCAUUAUAUACACACACCCAUUAUCUCUGAUGCCAUUGUGGGAUGGAACGGAAUAGAACAGAGUUGAGGAUCCUCAGUUCCAGUGAGAAACCCAUAUCCUCCCCCUUUGGGGCCAAUACUUUUUCCCAUCCAAUGCAAGAUGUAACCGCUGCCUUUGAUUUUUUGAAUCGCAUGGAACUUGGGUUCUUGUUGCAUGGGACUUGUAUAGAUGGAUUACAGCAAAUAACAUAGAAAAGCACUUUACAAAAGCUUUCUAUUAUUUCUUCAAAAGUAUGAUUUGAUGUAAUGUUCUCCUGAAAAUGAGCCUAAUAAUUCUAUACAUGUUGAAUCUGAAAAUCCAUGUGGGCUUUUUCAGGUGAAAUCAGCAAGAGGCAUAACCCACAUGGACGACGGAAGCAAUGGGCUUGUUUCCAUGAGGCUUUUAUUGUCUUAGCAGUAUUAUUCAGAAAUGUGAAAUUUGAAGUACCAAUAAGUACUAGGGUGUUGUGAGGAUUUAUUGCAUUGAUGUAGUGGAGUUUUUGAGCAUGAAAGGGUGAUGCUUUAAAAGAUAAAGCAGUGGUUAUGUUGGGUGUGUAGUGCAUUUUCAUAGCAACUUUGAAAGUAUGUUCACUUUUGUCUAAAUUGAAUUGGCAUCUUAAAAGCAUUGAAUUCUUUUUAUUCUUUUAAUGGCAGGUUGAAAUGCAAAUAAGAUUAUGAGCUUUUUCAGGGAUGCAAGGUCCCAGCCCAGAGGCUCUGCCAGGCACUUCACAAUAUUCUGUUCCUCCAUGCUUUCAGAAUGCGCUGCUUCUUGGCUUAGUGCUUUUAAUAGUAUUGUCUACUAUUUUUGUUUCCUUACUGUGGUGGGGCUUGCUACCACAAUUGGAAGAGUAGAGUUUGUUGUUGUUGUUGUUGUUAUGUGCCUUCAAGUCGACUACGACUUACAGCGACCCUAUGAAUCAGCGAUCUCCAACAGCAUCUGUUGUGAACCACCCUGUUUAGAUCUAAUCAGUUCUUGUAAGUUCAGGUCUGUGGCUUCCUUUAUGGAAUCUAUCCAUCUCGUUCGGCCUUCCUCUUUUUCUACUGCCUUCUGUUUUUCCCAGCAUUAUGGUCUUUUCUAGCAAAUCAUGUCUUCUCAUGAUGUGUCCAAAGUAUGAUAACCUCAGUUUCAUCAUUUUAGCUUCUAAUGGUAGUUCUGGUUUAAUUUGUUCUAACACCUAACUAUUUGUCUCCUCCAAUACCACAUUUCAAAUGAGUUGAUUUUUCUCUUAUCCGCCUUUUUCACUGCCCAACUUUCACAUCCAUACAUAGAGAUCGGAAAUACCAUGGUCUGAAUGAUCCUGACUUUAGUGUUCAGUAAUACAUCUUUGCAUCUGAGGACCUUUUCUAGUUCUCUCACAGCUGCCCUUCCCAGUCCUACCCUUCUUCUGAUUUCUUGACUAUUGUCCCCAUUUUCGUUAAUAACUGUGCCAAGUUAUUGAUAAUCCUUGACAAGUUCAAUAUCCUCAUUGUCAACUUUAAAGUUGCAUAAAUCUUCUGUUGACAUUACUUUAGUCUUUUUGAUGUUCAGCUGUAGUCCUGCUUUUGUGCUUUCCUCUAACUUUCAUCAUUCAUUUCAAAUCAUUACUGGUUUCUGCUAGUAGUAUGGUAUCAUCCGCAUAUCUGACAUUAUUGAUAUUUCUUCCUCCAAUUUUCACACCUCCUUCAUCUUGGUCCAGUCCCACUUCCAGUAUGAUAUGUUCUGCGUAUAGAGUAGGGAUGGCAAGCACUAAGUAAGGAGGCACUGUGGCAUAUUCCUACUGACUUGCAAGUUCGAAAUAUGAAAUUCUCUAGAUUGGGAUCUGCAGUCAUAUCACUGCUUUGCAGUUGUAUUACUGCCUUGUGUGUAGUUUUUGCAAAGAUAGCCACAUUAUUUAUUAAAGUGAUCUUAAUGUUAAAAAUUGCAUUUUUUUUAGGUAAAAGCAAUUUUCUAAUUUUUACUACUGUGUGUUUGUAAGUCCUCCCCCCUU